AUGGAUACUAAGCAGUUAAUUGAACUGUUUAGGAAAGAUCUAAAGGUCGAACACGAUUCCAGUAAUUAUACUAAGGCUCUAGAUGAACUAUUUGGAGGUUCUGUAAAGUUAUCUGCUGAUGAUAUUGAAGAAUUAGUGAUAAGGUCAGUUAAUGAUCAUAGCAGCUCAAGAAAACAUUUUCUAAAGUAUUUAAUAGAAAGGCCUGGAAAUGUGCUAGAUAUUAUUGAGAAUGGCCAUACGAGGGUUAUAUCAGCAGUGAUUGACAGUUUUCAAAAUGCUCAAGAUACACUACCCUUAAUUAAUGAAAUUGCAAGAAGAGUGAAACAUAACGACAAUGUUGGGUGGGAACUAAAAUUGCUGUAUCAAUUGCUGAAUAAAUACAAUUAUAAAUAUCAGGAUGUUGGGCUUUUUGUGCGAUACUUGCUUAGAAGAAUGGGCGAACAGCAAAUUAGAUCGUUAGCAUUGUUACUCUUCGUUGUACUGGAAAAUAAAUACAGCAAAGAGUUUCGCAAUGACUUUUAUGAAGUUAUGAGCUCUUUACUGGUUGAGACAGAGGCCGAUUUUGAAACUUCAAUGGUGAUAAUAUUGGAGGCUCUGGGGGAGCUGUAUCCAGUUUUAACUGAUAGUUGCUCCAAGGUAUUUUUGUCAAAGGACAUGCAAACUGUUCUAAGGGACAAAAUGUUUAGAAAACGAGAACUGAUCUUGAAAGCGCUUGUUCUACUUUCUGUUGCAUGUAUUGACGAGCCUAUCAGGAACUACGUUGCAGAGCGGUAUACUUCGGUACUGGAGAAAUGGUUGGAUGAUAAAGAUUUCGGUUUACUGGCUGCUUUGGUGCUAGUUAAAUCUAGGUCUUUUUCAAAGUUGAAGAGCACUAACAUCGAAAAUCUAAGAGAUCUGUUUAUAGAGAAUUUAGAAUCCACGAACAACAAGAAUUUAGAUGCUGUGGUCGAGGGUCUUACCUAUUUGAGCUUGAAGCCCAGUGUAAGAAAUGCACUUAGAUCGAACUCCGAUGCUUGCCUCUCGUUAGUUCAGCUUGCUAUGGAACCCUCUACUAGCGCAUCCAUAAAAUAUGGUUGUAUAGUAAUAUUGGUGAAUCUGACAACAUUACCGAGGGAAACUACUCCGGAGCAGUCUUCCCUAAAUUCAUUAAGGGCUUAUGCAGAAUUAAAAACAAAGGCAGAAGAAGAGGUUGUUCCGGAAGAUGAAGACCAAGUUCUAGGAUUUAUAGAGGAUUAUAUUCUGGAGACACAGCUUAUAGGGAAAUUAAAGUCACAAUACAGCGACAUGAUGCACAGUUGCAGAGAGCAAUUUGCCAAAUUGAUCUAUAACGCUACCAGAGAGAGAAGACUAGUUCCAGAAUGUGUUAAACAGGGAGCAACUUCUGUCCUACUGGAAUAUUUGGCUAAUUCGCCACAACAAAGCGCCUAUCGGAUAUUUGCAACACGUGCCUUAAUCAGAAUCUUAAUAAAAACCAACCCCGAGCUCCUGUUUAACCGCUACUCGCCUUUGAACGCUGUUCCCUUCAUAUUUGAACUACUCCCUAGUCUGGAUGGUAGCGAUGACGAAGCGCUCCUCAAUUUAAUCACCAUUAAGGAUUCCUAUGAAGCCCUUCUUGCGUUGACGAACUUGGCAACAAUGAGUAGUAGUGAUAUUCUAUCUAAAUUAAUUGUAUCCAACAAAAGUUACUGGAUGAAGAUCAUGAACGGUAUUCUCGACGAAACAGUCGAAGUCAGAAGGUCAACUCUAGAACUUCUAUGCAACCUAAUGGCACAACCCUCCAACAUUGCAGCAAAAUUCUUCAACUUUAAAAAUCCUGAGAGCGUCAAAAAUUUUGAUAUAUUGGUAGAGCUAUUACGCCUGGAAGAUGUUCAAUCUCAACGCGCCGUUGCAGCUAUAUUUGCCAAUACCGGAGGAACAAUACCGUUUAUUGCGGAGGAAUUGCUGCAAAAGAAGAAGCUCAUAGACUUUGUUUUAGAUACCCUAAUUGAGCAAUACGAGGAUGAAGAACUGAGUAAUAGGCUACUAUUUUUCAUCGACGCCCUGCUUGAUGUUGUAAAGCCUGGAGACUUUAAUCCAUUCUUUCAAAACACUAAACUACAAACCGCAUUAAAGAAAUUCACAGACGCAAGAAAAAGUGAUAAUACCCUCACUCAGCAGUUGAUAAAAUCAAUAAAGCCAAAGGUCACUUAG